AUGACUGGUCAAAUCGUGAUUAAAUCAUCAUCAACGGCUUUUAAACGCCGUCAACCACUUCUAAUUCCCAAAACCCUAACGUCGUCACCUUCAGCAUCACCGCCGUCAAAAAAUUCGUCCUCAAACGUAGGAGAAAUAGCAGGAGUAACGGCAGCAAAUUGUUUUAUUGUGUGUUGCUGUUGUCCAUGUAUUAUAGUGGAAUUCGUAAUCUUGGCGGUUUAUAAAGUUCCGGUCACUGUAUUCCGUCGGAUUUUAAAGAAACGACGCUUAAAAAAGAGGAAAAUCAAGAAAGAAAGAUCUGGUGAUUGUGAGGUGUAUGAGAAGAGUUGUUAUGAUGAUGAAUUCUCAACCGUUGAUUGGAAUGAUGAUUUAAAUUUGAUAAAGGUUUCUCUGGAUGGAUCAGCCAUGGAUUUGGAUAAAAAGAUGUGGGAUCAGUUUCAUCAAACGGGAAUGAUUAUAGGUGCUCUGGAACUCACCGUAAGAAUUGAUGGUGAAGAGCUAUAG